UCGUGAAAUUUUAAUUUUUUAUAUUUUUAAUUUUAAUGAAUUUUGAAUGUUUUAAUAUUUUUAAAUUUAUUUUUGCUUUUUUGCGAUAGGAAUGAUUGAUUUUUGUGUACACUUUAGGGUUUAUGAUGAAUUUAGGUGAGAAUUUAGGUGAAAUUGCCUCUGAUGGCAGUAAAAUUAAUGCUGUAGUAAACUCUGCAAACUUUAAUAGUCUACACUUCAAUGCACAAAGUUUGGUUCCUAAAUUUUAUGAAAUUCGUAACUUGAUAAUGGAUUGCGAUAUGAAUUUUUCUGUCGUCUAUGAUAGUUUGAAUGUUGACGAUAGUGUAGAAUGUUUUAAUUCUAAUUUAAAUCGUUUGUUUGAGGAUAAUGUGCCAAAUCGUAGAGUAGUUAAAAGCGUUGUACAUAAUUGGAUGAAUGAAGAGUGUAUUUGUAGUGCUAAGCGUAUUAGAGAUUUGACAUAUCGUGCCUACAGGGAAAUAGGUCUGAUAGGAAUUUUGAAGCUUAUCGCAGAGCUAGAAACAGAUUAAAAACCAUCAUAAGAGGUGUUCGCAGAAAGUACUGUUUAAGAUUUUUUUCUACAUAUGAUCAGAAACAGUUUCGGUGCAAGAUUAAAUCUAUAGGAAUUGUGAAAUCACCGGGAAAUGAACGGUUUCCUAUUUCACUGAACGAGUUUAAUGAAUUUUCCCGUAUGGCUGGAACUGCUGAUGGUGGUCUAGAUCAUUUACCUUCCCCUGGAGGAUUUACUUUUGCAAAUGUUACGGAAACUGAUGUUUUAAAUGCAGUUUUAAGUAUCAAAUCUCAAGCGGUAGCUGCUGAUCAAAUUCAUAUUAAAUUUCUUAAAUUCAUAAUACUAUUUUAAAACAUUUAACAUUUAUUAUUAACAGGGUGUUGACAACACCGGUAGUUCCUAAAAUUUGGAAGGUUGGUACAAAGAAUAAACAAGAAGUGAAACGCUGUCAUUUUUUUACAACAAUAACAUUACGCUCUUCUCACAGACGAGUGCUGUGUAAAUCCAACACAUACGUAAAAAUUGUAUUCUCUCUCCCAAAACUUCUAAACUUUUUCGCGAAAAUUUGAGGAUAAUAGCACUUUGAAAUAUUGUUGAUCACUUAACAUUAUAUUUUAUAAUUUUUUUGCACAAUUUAAACACA